AUGGUUGAUUCAACCGUUUUCACCUACACUAACAAGGACUUUAUAAAUGAUGUUUGUUCUGGCCAGCAGACCAGGUUGAGAUUUGACAUCGCGCUGCGGUCCCGCUGGACUGAGAAGAGGAACGCCGGGCUGUUCUGGUACCAUCUGGACGAUCUGGAGACACGCAUCCUCCCUGGUCCGUGUAGCUACAUCGCUCAGCUGAACAUCAUGAGGGGCACCAAGAGACGAAAACCUCAGGAGAUCCUGAGCGUCCGGCAGAACUUUGACCCGAAGCAGUUCAAUUUCAACAAGAUCAACCCAAAAGAGCUGCUGCUUGAAUUACUGAAAGAAAGCGAAAGCUCAUGUGAAGCCAGAUGCCAUCGAAAUGGUUCAAAAAGGAACUGCAAAGUCAUAAUAAAUGUAAGUCCGUUAGAAUUCGGUCACUGUUUGCUCGUACCAGAACCGGACAGGUGUCACCCUCAGAUACUGACACCUUUGGCGGUCCAGAUGGGGAUAGAAACGGUUCUGCUGAGCGCUGAUCCGGGAUUCAGAGUUGGUUUCAACAGCCUGGCUGGUUUUGCUUCAGUCAACCAUCUCCAUCUUCAUGGCUACUACCUAAACCACCAACUGAGGAUUGAAACCUCCCCUGCAGAACCGAUCCUGCCUAAAAAAAACUUGUAUCGCCUUCUGGACUUCCCAGUAGGCUUUCUGUUCUACACCCAGGGUUCAGACCUGGAUUUGACAGUCAAUGCAGUUUGCAGUCUCACUGAUACUAUGAUCAUCACCCGAGGUUGCCCUCCACAGAAGGAGCGUGACCCGUCUUCUUCUCGAAACGGGGUGAGGGUUAUCGUAUGGCCCCGGCUGUCCUGUUUUGGGGCCAAAGAAGAGUCUGCCUUCAACGUUGCCCUGUGUGAGCUCGCUGGACACCUUCCCUUCAAAAACAGAGAAGACUAUGAGACAGUCACUGAGGACAGAGUCCAAGACAUCAUCCGGAAAUAUCUGCUGCCCCAAGAAGAGUUCAGUGAAUUGCAAAAGCAUGUCAUGAAAUGUUUAUAG